GCAACCAUCCGGUGCUCAAACCAUAACACCGGGUGAUGACAACGAGAACAAAACGUUUGACGAACGCGAUAGUCAAAUUGACUCUCCUUAUCUAGACGAUGACAAUCACAACAGACUAGUCAGUGAGAAAAUAGCAUCACUUGGCACUCGAGCCUCAAACGGCAUAGUGUCAACUCGUAGGAGGCAGUCUAGUCCAACAAUGUGGCAACAACUCCUUUUCACAUUAGCCUUCGUUCUCGUUGCAACUAUUUUAUGGCUAUACAAGACAGAUUCGGCUUUAUUUGGCUACUGUGAUACCGGACUCGACACCAAUGAAGCUGUUCGCCAACGUCUGGAGGAAAUUCAAGCAGAAAAGGCGUGUCAAGAGAUUGUCAUCAAAAGGGCAGAAGCAGGACUGCCGGUCGAUCCGGAACUGGAAAAAUGCAAAGCACCUUUUCUUCCCCGUGCCACCAGUUGUACCCCAUGUCCUGCACAUGCCGUCUGUUCUGGCCGCUCCAUCGAGUGCGAGCCUGCAUAUAUCAAAACCCCGAGUAUUAUCUCAUCCAUUCCUUUCAUGGAUGCGGCUUUAGAUGGUAUGCCUGGUUUAGGAUCAGUAGCAUUUCCCCCCUCGGUGUGUCCCGAACGUGAAGAGGCGCCAGCACGUGGUAAUGCUCAAGAUGCGGCCGCAUAUGGCAUGACAAUCGAUGAAAUCAAACCGGGCCUUCGGAAUGCAGUUCCAAAAUCAGAACUUGACAAUAAUGGUCUCCUCGUUUCUGUGCGAGAUAUCAGAGGAGUUGUCGUAUCUGCUGCUGUCGUGGCCGUUCUGGUCCUUAUUCUACGCUCUAAUCUGACGAAGCGAGCACUCGAGAGUCGCCGUGUUGGCAAACUUGUCAAAGAGGCUAUUGAACGAGUGAGAGAGCAAGAGGCUAGGCAUUACUUGGACCCAUCGGGGUAUCCAUCAGCUACUAUUUCAUCCCUUCACUUGAGGGAUGAGCUAUUGCAGGAUGAACAUUCGCUCACCAAGCGAGCAAGACUAUGGGAACAGGUGGAAAAGGUUGUGGAAGUCAAUUCAAAUGUGCGUUCCAACAUGGAAGUCACCUCAACAGGGGAUGAAGGCCGAGUGUGGACAUGGGUUGGAGCAGGUGGAGGUAGAACAAAGCUUCUAGAGGGGAAUGGGACCGGACGACCGCUUAUUUGA